AUGCGUCUCUUUCAGAACAUCACUGCCGGUUUCGCUGUUUUAGCCGUUGCAUUGGCUGCUGUAUCUGGCUCCCAGAUCGGGGCUGUAAACGGUUUAGAUUCCCGUCAAGACAAGUGCGGUACCAACGGCGUUGUUGACGGCCAAUGCGGCGAGGCAUUCGAGCAGAAGGACUGUACUGGUAGUCUUGUGAAGGUGAUCAAGCCUGACUGCUCUCAAGCUUGUAACAAAGUCACCGACAUAAGUGUUACUAGCCUUAGAGUCUCUGGUGACGGCAACGUCGCUAGCACAGUGACUUGCUACAUGUACUCAGACGAAAACUGCAAUGCCGAGGUUCGAAGGUCUGAUGCGGUAUCGCAAUCUUGGCAGAGGCAAUGCAUAACAGUAGAGGGCCAGACUGUUAAGAGUUGGAAAUGCCUUAAGGGCUGCUGA